AUGAACCAUGAGAAUAGACUGAUGAGCCUUGUGGGCAGUGAGUCUGGGGUGCCCCUGGUAGGGCCCGGCUCGCCCCCUGGAGGAGAUGCCCAUCUGGUUGGUCGUUCUGGCCUGCUGGAGACCUUCGUGCGUGGCUCUUGGUACCGCGUCCAUGUAGCCCUCGAAGAGGAUUGUUUGAGCAUUACAUUGGAUGAGCAGUGUGAGAACACGACCACCUUAAACGGCAAUUCCAUCAACAAUAACGUAGAGACACCAGGAGCACUCAGCGAUACACCUGAUGUGCCUGAUUCCGUUGCCAAUCAAAAAAGACUUGUAAGGGUAGUAAAAUCAGACAAUAACGGUUUGGGGAUAUCGAUAAAAGGCGGUAGGGAGAACAAGAUGCCUAUUUUGAUUAGCAAGAUUUUCAAAGGUAUGGCGGCUGACCAGACGGAGCAGCUCUACGUGGGGGACGCAAUUUUAGCUGUGAACGGGGAUGACCUCAGGGAGGCGACGCACGACGAGGCUGUUAGGGCGCUGAAGAGAGCGGGAAAGGUCGUCGAGCUCGAAGAAGCGUCAGUUCGUUCGAUCAUGUCAAACGAGGAGGCCAGUUCGUCUCAGGGCACUAAGCGACCGAAAAGGCGUAAAGUAGAUUGUAGCGGAUAUUGUGGUUUAACUGAGGAGGAAGUCAAUAGUAUUUUAAGUCUGGUAGAUGAAGAUAUUUACUUGUCUGACGUUAGUGAAGAAGACCCCUUUCUCGAUAGCGGAAGCGAAUAUUGUCCAUCUUCUGAGGACUCUGAGAGCGAUCUGGAUGAAUUGGAACCGGAAAAUGAACAAGAAAAUCAGCAGGAAGAGUCUCAAUUCUGUCCAUUUCAAAAUUUGGUUAUAGAUGAGAGUAUGAUUCUUUUUAAAGGAAGACUCAGUUUUAAACAGUAUAUCAAGACCAAGAAACAUCGUUUUGGAAUUAAACUCUACGUGUUGUGUGAUUGCGAAACAGGAAUUGUCUUAGACUUUAUAAUAUAUUGUGGAAAAGAGACUAAUAUAAAAGCAGAAGACAAGAAUAAUCUUGGUACUACAGGGGCCGUUGUUGCAAAACUUUUAGAGCCAUACCUCAACAAGGGACAUUCUCUUUAUACGGAUAAUUUUUACACCAGCCCUACACUUUCAACUUUUUUGUUACAACAUAAAACAAACUCCUGUGGAACUGCAAGGCAAACUAGGAAACAUAUGCCAGUAUUUGAUAAAAAAUUAAAACAAGGAGAUACUGACUGGAGAAGUAGUGAAAAUUUAUUGGCAAUAAAAUGGAAAGAUCGGCGGGAUGUUGUGAUGCUGACCAGUAUGCAUGAAAAUAGAAUGGUUACUUUGCCGAAAAUAAAUCGAUCUACAUAUGAAAAUGUAAUAAAGCCGUUAUGUGUUCUGGAAUACAACCGUCAAAUGGGGGCUGUCGACAGAUCAGAUAUGAUGCUGAGUAGCGUAGAUUGCACUCGAAAAUGGCUGAAAUGGUAUAAGAAGUUAUUUUUCCAUUCGAUUGACAUAACAUUCCUAAACGCACAUGCAAUGUUUUCCACAAGACAUACUAAGAAGACUUCAUUCGCCAAUUUUCAUCUAGCGGUUAUUGCUCAACUUAUAGAAAGGUAUGGCAUAGUAAAAUCUAUACAUUGCGAUUUGGGCAAUGCCAGGCUUCAGAAUAGACACUUUCCGGUGUCAGUUCCACGAAAACCAGGCAGUACUAAGGUUGGAUCCAGAAGAUGUUGGGUUUGUUCCCAUACAAAGCAGAAGCAAGCAAAAAGAAAAGAGUCCAGCUAUAUGUGCCCAGAAUGUGACGUUGGAUUAUGCGUGGUCCCUUGCUUCAAAAUAUAUCACACAGAGGCUACUUUUUAA